CUGUUUCGUUCGUAGUUUGUCCGAGCAACGACUUUCUCGGCCAUCUUCCUCUCGUUUGCUCUGUUCCCUCUCCCACCUGUCCACACUCCGACCUGCACGCAAUACUCACAGCACCGUCUCGCGCACAAUGGCUGUGUCACUGCAGGGCGUGGCAGAUCUGCUCAAGGCCAGUCUGAACCCCUCGCAGCGAGCUCAAGCCGAAGCAUCACUCAAAGCUGAGGAGGCAAAGCCUGGCUUCUCGCUCUCACUCCUCCAAAUCGUUGCCACAGACUCCUUCGAACUCAACAUCCGACUCUCCAGCGCUCUGUUAUUCAAAAACUUUGUGAAGCGAAAUUGGGUCGACGAGAACGGGACACACAAGCUUCCGGACAAUGAGGUGAACACAAUCAAGAGCGAGCUCAUUGGGCUCAUGGUACGAGUGCCUCCAAAUAUCCAGGCGCAGCUAGGUGAUGCUAUUAGCGUCAUUGCAGACAGUGACUUCUGGGAGCGGUGGAACACACUCGUGGAUGAUCUGGUGUCAAGACUGACCCCAGAUAAUGCUACCGUCAACAAUGGUGUACUACAGGUGGCUCAUUCUAUCUUCAAGCGAUGGGAGCCACUCUACCGCUCUGACGACCUGUACACCGAGAUCAACCAUGUUCUCUCCAAAUUCGCGGCACCCUUCCUUCAGCUCUGGGAGAACACCGACAGACAAAUCACACAAAACCAGAGCAACCCAGCAGUGCUCAAAGCACACUACGCGACCCUUGAUCUCAUUCUCAAGCUGGUCUACGAUCUAUCGACCCACGAUAUGCCUCCACAAUUCGAAGAGUCUCUUCCUGCCGUAUCUGGCCUGCUGCACAAAUAUUUGACCUACGAGAACGCCGCGCUGAACACUGAUGAUGAGUCCGAAGCUGGUCCGCUGGAAUACGUAAGAGCAGGUGUCUUCAAGGUUCUGAAUUUGUACACUCGGAAGUACGACGAUGAGUUCAAGCCACACGUACCACAAUUCAUCGGAACAUCUUGGACGUUCUUGACAAAUAUCGGACCGGAAGCCAAGUACGAUCUCGUGGUCAGCAGAGCGCUGGAGUUCUUGACUACCAUCGCUAGCAUUCCAGAGCAUGCACAGAGCUUCAACAAUGCCGAUGUGCUUGGACAAGUGACGGAGAAGGUCGUUAUACCAAAUCUGUCUUUGCGAGAAUCGGACAUUGAAACGUUCGAGGAUGAGCCUAUCGAAUACAUUCGCAGGGAUCUGGAGGGUUCAGACGAAGAUACGAGGCGCAGAGCUGCCACCAACUUCUUGCGGAAACUGCAGGAACAAUUCGAAAAGCCUGUGACAGAUGUGGUCACACAAUACAUCAACCACUUUCUCGCAGAGUACUCAAAAGACCGCGAGGCGAACUGGAAGUCGAAGGAUACUGCCGUGCACCUUUUCUCCUCCAUCGCAGCGAAGGGUGCAGCAACAGCCGCCAAAGGUGUCUUGAGCGUCAACCCCAACACGGACGUGAUCAGCUUCUUUCAGACCAAUGUGGCAGAAGACCUGACAAACGCCAAUGCACAGCCAUUGCUAAAGGUUGAUGCCAUAAAAUACUUGUACAUCUUCCGCAGCAUCCUCUCGGCAGAACAGUGGCAAGCGGCGUUUCCACUUCUCGUGCAGCACCUGAACUCGUCGAACUACGUGGUCUACACGUAUGCUGCCGUGGCAGUCGACCGCGCCCUCUAUCUCACGAACGAUCAGCGGCAACCCAUCAUUCCACGAGAUAGCAUCCUCCCACUGGCCAAAGACCUACUGCAACACCUUUUCACCCUCAUCACCAAAGACUCCAAACCUGAGAAGGUUCAGGAGAAUGAAUUUUUGAUGAAAUGUGUAAUGCGAGUCUUGAUCGUGAUCCGCGAUGGUCUUGUGCAAAUCCUGGACCUGGUCCUGACAAAUCUCGUCAACAUCACCGAAGUCAUUCGUCACAACCCAUCAAACCCAGGAUUCUGCUACUACCACUUCGAAUCUUUGGGAGCUACAAUUCGAUUUGCUGGCCCAGUUCAGCCGGAGAAAAUUGAAAACACCUUGUUCCCCGUGUUCAUGGAAGUCUUGCAAUCAUCAGUGGAAGAGUUCACACCCUACAUCUUCCAGCUGUAUGCCCAGAUCGUUGCGAGCAGUCCCUCAGGGACGAUCUCGCCGAAUUUCCAGCAGCUCGUGGGACCCAUCCUCACACCUAGCAUGUGGGACAGCAAAGGCAACGUUCCUGCCUUGACGCGGCUGCUCCUCGAAAUCGUACCUCGCGGCGCUCAGCAGAUCGCCACUGCUGGGCAGACUGAGGCUGUGCUCUUGGUGUUCCAGAAGCUUGUGGCCAGCAAGGCAUACGAGGGAUACGCUAUGGACAUCAUCGAGAUGGUAGUCAAGAGCUUCCCACCCAGCGCGCUAGAGAACUACUGGCCUACAAUCUUGCAGCUUAUGUUCCAUCGUCUCACAAACACAAAGACCGAGCAAUUCACCCUCCGCUUCGUGCGUUUCUACCAUCUGGUGUCCGCGCUUAGUGACCAAGGUCUCGGCGCUGAUUUCUUCAUUGCAAAGGCCGAUGCUGUGCAGGCAAAUGCUUUCACACCUCUCUACACUGGCAUUAUCCUCCCUGAUACGCAGAAACUCAGCAGGCCAUUCGAUCGCAAGACGGCUUGUUUGUCGCUGACGCGGACCCUCGCUGACAGUCAGGCGUUCGUGGAGAGAUACGCCAAACGUGGCUGGACAAUCACCUGUGAGGCAUUGUUGAAGCUCCUCAUCAACCCACCUUUGCCGCCCGCCGCAGAUGACAACGUGAUUGAGGAUCGAGAUGUCGAUGAACUGGGCUUUGGAGCGGCUUUUACACAGCUCAAUACAUGCAAGCGACCCUCUCAAGACCCUUGGCCGGAGGUGCAAGACGUGAAGGCCUGGGUUGGCACCACACUUCGAGAAGCAGACAAGAAACACAAUGGUCGCAUCGGGCAGUUCGUCAACGAGAAGCUUGAUGCACAAGGGAAGGCAGCUCUCCAGCAGGUCAUGUCCGGGUAGAGAGUUUGCAUGGGUAGGGCCUCGGAGGUCAUCAACGAAAGCGCGGCGUUGUGGCAGGAAAAGGAUAGCGGAGGGUGCUUAUGAUACCACGGGCGAAUGCAUACGAUGCCGCCCAGCGUUGAGUUAGGCCUGUAAGUAGGUCAGUUACCCCAGUUGUGCUCCCACAUUUUGUUCGACAGAGC